AUGAAUACAGCUAUAUCUGAAGAUACUUCUACUCAAGCCUACUAUCAGUAUGCCUCAAGAUCUCGCAGCAAAGAUAUUUCCUAGUCAGAUCAAUCGUAUGUGAAUCAAUUAGGUCAGAGCAAUAAUUUCGAGCAAUACAUGAGUGGCAGCAGCAGUGGAGGUAACAUUCUUGAAUAUGGAAAUAACAAUACUAAAAGUCACUUUUACAAUAUUUAACAACAGUAAUCUAUUCUCAAGGGAAACGCGAAAUCAAUAAUUCUGUCUAGUGCGAACACUUAUAAACUACGAUUUCUUAAAAUGAAACUUUCAGCCAUUUUCAACUAAAGCAUCAGACAGGCCAGAGUCACAUCAGGGCAUUUUGGUUCAAUCAGGCUUGACAGACCAUAAGUUUUUUAAUAAACUAGGAAAUACCUCUUAGCAGUCGAGGAGGCAAAUUACAGCAGGAAGCAUGUGAUAGCUCAAUCCACCUUAGGCAAUAAUCCCAAUGGCUAUCCUGGAUUUGGAAGUUCAGGUUCCUAGUAAAUGCAUAUUCCUAUCAUACACACCAUCAACAAUAGUACAACUUAGCAGUUCCCUAUAAACUAGAUGAUCGAGGGCAAUCUCACCAAAGAUCAGAAGCUUAACAUCCUUAAACAAAAGAAAAUCGAGAAGGAAACUAAAAUUAAUGCUAAGUUGAACAUAUAUGCUAGUGUCAGGCCUAAAACAGAUUAGAAAGAUAUGGAUCGAGUUAAGAAGGAAUACAUGGAAUAACUCAAAAGACAUACAAAAUAGCCUAAUAUUGAUCAUCUAUACACAGUCAUUCCUCAUUAAAACUAUCAAAAUUAAAAAGCUCCACCCUAGACUGCUGGAGAUGUGCCAAAGAUGGAGUUGGAGCUUGCUAAGUUACCAGCUCAUAUUGUGUAGUCUUAAUAGCAAUAAAGAGCGAAAGGGAGAAAACAUUUUAGUCUUUAGUAAGCAAGCAGCACACAUGAAGAUGAAUACAUGACUACAGUCUGUUCAACAGAUUUACUUAAUAGAUAUACAAGUUCAACUAAUUAAAAUCAGACUUCAGAUUAAACAAAUAAUCUUAUUUACCAAGACUCUAAAUAAUCCCCAAGUAGUGAAUCCAGAUUGUCUUUCGCUAGGUCUAAUCAUUUUAAGUCAACCAGUAUAAUUUCAAGAGUCAAAGCCACAGACUAAGCCUAUCUUAAAUAAAAAUAUCUAUUUGAUGCCUAAAUGGAUCGUGCCUAUUCAGACUCUGAUUUAGAGGAUAUCCCCGAUUUCAAUUCAUAAUCAUACUCUGUGAUGCAAACUGAGAAAGAAAAUCAGGAAACUCUUAGAAAUAUACCUUUAAAACAUAUCAUAAAAAAAGAUGUACCAGCACUCAUAAAAGAGAUUGAGGGUGUUAUGUCACUUUUGUAACGCAGGAUAAUGAUUGACCAGAAAGACCACAAUGGUAGAUCACUUAUGUUCUUUGCCAUUUGCCAGAAAAACUAUGAAAUGUGUGAAAUUCUCAUGCGAAAUGGAGCCGAUACUAUGAUGAGAGAUAACAAUGGUAGGACUAUCUUGCACUAUGCUUGUAUUUUGAAUUGUGAAAAGAACAUAAUUGAAAUGAUCAUCAACUAUUAAAAGCUACAAAGAUCACAGACUGUUGACCCUAAUUCAAUAGGAAAUAGGAUUAAAGGUAAUCUAGGAUUGUAAAGGAAUAGGAGCCAGCAUUAAUAUGUUAGAAAUGACCCCUCUUCCAAAUUACUAAAGAUAUAAAGUGUGAUAGAGGAGGAGUAGGAUAACAACACUUCAAUGACUUAGUCAUUAUCUAAUUCAAAUAAAGUUGGAUCUAUUUAUCAAACUCCUAAUAUUUAAGGACUAAAAUUAAGAGUUCAACAGUCCACUCGACCUGAUUUAUUAGACGAGGUUAAUUAGCUAAAAAAGCCUAAUUCAAGAUAGGAAUCGAUAUUUUUCGAUCAUAUUAACUCAUAGAAGACUCAGGAUUUGAAAGACUUCAGCACAAUACCAUUUAUUGAUAUCUAGGACAAAUAUGGUAAAACUGCUAUGCAUUAUGUAUGCAAAAACAGAAAUAUCUAAUUACUCUAGCUAAUGCUUCAGGCUGGAGCAAAUACUCAAAUUGCCGAUAAAAAGUCAAAAGUAAAAAUCUUGAAUUUAAUAACAAUUUCGAUAUAGAGAUGCAUUGAUACAACAAGAGAUAGAGAAAUUCAUGAGUUAUUAAACAAGCAAAGUUAUAAAAAUAUGGAAGACCCAAAGUAAUCAAAGACUUCAAUAUCAAAUAUAAAGAAAUAAAAUACUACUCAAAACACUUCUAUCAGCAAUAAUAUUCUCGACUCUGGCUCAAAGCAAAAAAUGUAAAUUUAUAUAUUUAUUAAUCUUUUCUAAAGACAAAAAAACUUAGAGUUAAGUUCUAUAGAAGCUUUAGCUUCAUUAUCUAACACUCAGUUAUGUCAAUUUAUCUAUGGGAUAUAUGCAGAUAACGCUUUAACAUAUAUGAUCAGAGUUGAGGACAGGCAGAAAUUUCAAUACCUUUUAAGCAGAGGGAUCAUGCCAUCUUUUUAGGAUCUUGAUGGCAACAAUGCUUUGCACUAUGCAAUCAGGAUGGAGAGAAUAGAAUUCAUUUCGUAUCUCUUGGAGGGAGAGUAUACUAGCUAUGAAAGCUUAGGAGAUCCUUAUUUCAAUUAAGAUCUUUCUAAAUUGCACGUUACACUAAAUAAUCUAACAGUCAAUAAGAGCUACAUGAUGAAUACCUACUCUUAAAUGAAUUAGAGUGCUGUUUAAGUUGGUGAGCAAUUAAAUAGUACACUAAGAAACAAUACUAGCUAUCAGCUUGAUGCACUGCUAUGUAUUGAUAAGAGCAAUAUGGUCGAUGGCUUUACUCCCUUUCAUGAAGCUGCUAAAUAAGGGAAUGUAAUGAUAUUUGAGUAUCUCACUAACAUAGUAAAAAAAAGAAAUGAGAUAAUACAAUCACAAUUGUUGGCUAUGAAAAAUAAAAAGCUUAAUGAUACUAUUACUCAGUAACUUAAAACUUGUAAGAGUUUGAGGGACAUAUUCGACUUUACUGAUAAUUAAAAUAUGACCCCACUACUCAUAGCAGCCAAGAAUAACAACUUAGAAAUUGUAAAGUUCCUGGUAAAAGAAGGAGCAAACUUAUACGUAUAUUGUUCUCAGCUUCAAAACUGUCUGCAUUAUGCAGUAAUCAAUCAAAAUUCUGAGAUGAUAAAGUAUUUACUAUUUUCAGAUGUUGAGGGCUAGAUUUUAAGGAAUGAAUGCAAUUAUCGCAACCAAAAACCAGAAAAUAUGGACACUUAGAAAAAAUAUGUAAACCUAUUCUAAAACAUAUGGGAUUGUGCUGCCACAAAAACUCACACAGCUUUUGAAAAGCUGUAAUACCUGCUGCGAAAUUGCUCUGAUAAUCAAAAUUCUGAGUCUAGAACUCUCUACGGCAUGAAUACCCCUCUGCAUUUUGCAGUUAUAUUUAACAACCCCAAAGCUUUAAGACUACUAGUCUAGAACAUAGAAAAUGGAAAAUCUUUAGAUUUUGUUAACACUGAAGGUAAAACCCCCAAAGACAUGAUAAAUAUGUAUAAGUCAGAAGAAGACAAGCAGAGGUUACUUUUAAUUAUUAAUAGAGAUUUUGCAUUGACUUAGCCGCUAAGUCCUGCUCUGAGGAAAAAGAAAUUUGGAACUCAUCAAAGCAGUAAUGCUAAACCUUAAAGUGAAGUAAGCAAUCAUCUUGGAACUUACUUAGUCAAUGAAAUAGAUAAAAAUAAAAUGCAGAGGUUAUUAGUUAAUAAUUCCCUACACAAUAAUACUAAUUCUUAUGAUGAUUUACCAGAUAUACCCAUUGUUGAAACAGACUCUCCACUUAUACACUAAACUUUGAAGACUCGAAGAGAGACUUAAACUAUUAUAACUCAAGAUUAGUCUAGAGUAUUUUCGAGGAAUUCUGAUAAUCAUAUUCUUAAUUAUGGUAAAAGCUAGUAAAACAACGCCUCAGAUCACGAAUUACUUAGUAAGGACACAAUUGACUAUCAACUAAAGAAUCGUUAAGAAACUGUAGUACCUUCCUAACAAGAUUAAAUAGAGAUAGAUUUGAAUAAUCAAAGAGAAGUUGAAUUGUUCCUCUUGAGGAAGAAGUAAGAGUAUGUUGAUGAAAAGAGGCUUGGCAGAUUCAACCCUGAUUUGUAUAGCAGGAUGAUUUUCCCUAAUCUUGAAUUCAAGAAUAAGCUAGGAUCACCUUCGGUUACUUCACAAGGCUAGAGUUUAAAUGGCAGUUUCAUCAAUGGUAUAACGCUAAACGCAAGGAGGCAAUAAUUAGAAAAACUGGAAGAAAAUGUUGAAGGAAGCAUCAAUGUGAUCAAUGUAGGAAGCUAUUGA